CCUCUCUCACCGCCUUUGAUACUUUUACUUAUAAACCCUUCCUUCCUUCUUCCCCUUUCUUUGUGUAUCUCUUUACAAACCUUUUUUUUCAUCAUUGUCUCACUCUUUUCUCUCGCCUUCGCCAGAGAUGGCAGAUGACUUGGCGAAUCUCUGCCGAUUUCUCUUCGACGAGACCGGCCUCACCUCGUUGUCGUCGUCGUCGACGUCAUCUUCAGAUCUCUUUUCCCAACGCAUACGCUCCGAUGAUUCGAUCAAGCGCGGUCUCCGUUACUUUUAUCUACUCCUCCGCUCCGGAAUCGCUCCGAUCGGCGGAGAUGAUGAUGAUGGUGGGAGCAAGCUGCGGUUUGAGACCUGGUCAGAUUCGCAGCUUCAAGCUCUCGUUUCCAUAUCUCAGGCGAUCCUUCUACUAUCGCGAUCUCUAUUAGUGGACCAAGUCGAGCCUAUAGUUCUGGGUGUUAUCCAGGAGGUGAUGGAGUUCUCUCUCAGCUUCUUGGAGAAGUCCAACUUCACACAAAAUGAUCUGAAAAUGGAGAUUAACAUGGAAAUACUUUUGGAGAUUGCUUCUUUUGAUGCAAGUGAGAAACAAUAUGAUAUAUUGCCACCUGUCUCUCCUGCUGAAGCUGCACAACUGUGGCCAACCUUUUCUGCCGAGCAUGAUCACAUGGAAUUACAUAGCCUUGUGAAAUGUACUUUCCAAGGGGGCAGGUGCUCAAAUGAAGAGAAGCCAGUUGACCGGCUUCUUAUUUCGCUGAUGUCUGAAUGCAUUGAAUCUGAUGUCCAGACUCAUUCUGUAGGCAAGCCCUCUUUUCAGCAAGACUACGGCAAUCUGAAUCCCCUGACUCGACACCUGGCUGUUGUUCACCUUGGCUGUGUUUGUCGUCUCAUUAUGGUCUGCAAAGACCUUGUUCAGCUGCCAAGUGUGUUAGAUGAGAAGACCAUUGAUCAUGCUUUCCUUGAUAAAUUGUCAUUCUGCUUAAGAAUUCUGAAGCUGCUUGGAAGUCUUUCCAAAGAUGUUCAAAGUAUAGAGAACGAGGGGACAUUGUUACAAGCCGUAGCUACAUUCACAGAUGCUUUUCCUAAGCUCUUUAGGGUUUUCUCCGACUUCACUAAUCACACUUCUACAGAGGGUAAUAUUGAGAGUCUUUCUCUAGCGCUGGUGGAAGGAUUUCUUUAUCUUGUCCAACUCAUCUUUGGCAAGAGUAGUCUAUUUCAAAAUGUCCAAGCAUGUGUAUCAGCUUCUAUUGUGAACAAUCUAGAUACCUCAGUGUGGAGAUAUGAUGUGUCCUCUUGUAAUUUGAUGCCUCCCAUUGCUUACUUCCCUCGGUCUGUCAUCUACACGUUGAGACUCGUUCAAGAUCUGAAUAGACAACCAUACCACAUCCAAGAUCUGAGGGUUUUAGAGUCAGAAGUCAACUGUGACGAUGCCAAUUCCUCUGCUGAUUCUGUUUAUUUUCAUCUGCGCCAGGAAAAGAUCCCGUUGCUCAAGUGCUUCACGGUCGAGGAUAUAAUGAGAGUGAUAUUUCCUUCCUCAAGUCAGUGGGUUGACAACUUGUUUCAUCUUGUUUACUUCCUUCACCUUGAAGGAGUAAAAUUACGCCCAAAAGUGGAGAGAACAUAUUCUAGUUUAAGAUCCAACAGUUUUGCUGAAGUUGAAAGCCAAAUUUCUCAUGACGAUGAAGCCUUGUUUGGAAACUUGUUCUCUGAGAGCCGUUCUCUAUGUUCGAUAGAACCAAACGAUCACCCACCCGUUGCUGUCAGCAGCAAUUUACCACUGCAAGCUGCAAAGGAACUGUUAAACUUUCUUAGAGUCUGCAUUUUCUGUAAAGAAUGGGUUCCUAGCAUAUACGAAGAUGGAUGCAAAAAGCUGGACACUUCUCACAUUGAUAUGUUGCUCAAUAUAGUAGGCCGCAGUACUGAAGACAAGGCCUCUGAUGGUGGUUGCAUGCUCCAAGAUGAAGGAAAACCUGGGCAUGUUGCCUUUGAGCUGUUACUCGAUCUCUUAAGAGGUCGUGCUCUGUCUGAUUCUCUUGAGUCCUACCUUUUUCAGAAAAUUCUUGCUGUUGAAAAUGGCGGGUUCGAGUAUAAUGAUAAGACUCUGGCACUUUUGGCUCACACUCUUCUUUGUAGGCCGGGAUUGGCUGGGGCACAGUUGAGAGCCAAAGCUUAUGGUGGUUUCGUUAGUUUUAUUGCCGAGAGAGCAAGAGUAAUAUGUGCUGAAGGUUCGAGUGUCAAGGAGUUGAACUCGUGUCUUCCCUCUGCUUUCCAUAUUGAGAUUCUUCUUAUGGCUUUCCAUUUAUCAAAUGAAGCAGAAAAGGCCAAUUUCUCAAAUCUUAUUGCCUCGUGUCUGCAUAAAGUUGAUACCCCGUCAGGAAUAUGUGAUGGUUCUCAGCUGUCCUCUUGGGCGAUGCUGAUAUCUAGGUUGUUAGUGCUGUUGCACCAUAUGCUGUUGCAUCCAAACACAUGUCCAACAUCAUUAAUGCUAGAUCUGAGGUCUAAACUGAGGGAAGUUCGUAGCUCUGGCAGUAAUUUACAUGUAACCGUUGAUCAUCUGUCUUCUUGGGCGUCCCUUGUAGCAAGGGGAAUAACUGAUUCAUGGGCUGAAGAUGAGUCAGUCAACCAUCUGAUGAGUCAAAUGAUCGACUUUUCCCCACAUCCUCCUACAUUUCAGAUUGAUGUAUCUGCAGCCAAAACCCUAAACUUGGAUUACAGAGAUCUGUCUGCAAGUUUGUCCCGGAUAUUGGGGUUGUGGAAGGGGAAAAAGGCUGAAAAAGUGGAAGACCUGAUAGUGGAAAGAUACAUUUUCAUACUUUCUUGGGAUAUUGCUCGUGUUAACUCUGCAUUGGAUAGUCAGCCUUCGUUGCAUAUCAAUUACCAGAAUGUGGACAUAUGUAGCACUGUGGAUAUCAUCUACACCAGUCAUUUGCUUGUAGGCGACUCCAACAUCGUUGGUAAGAAUAUGAAGUUUAGAGACAUUCUGAUUGGUGUUUUAGAUCAGCUUCAUGCUGCACCUGAGAAGGCGGUUGAGGAUUUGGGUUGGGAUUUUAUCCGCGAAGGAUCUUGGCUCUCUCUUCUGUUAUAUUUCAUCAAUGGUGGCGUCUGGGGUUAUUGCAAGAAAAACUCAUGUUCAGAAAUCGAUCCCUUCUGGAGGGAGUGCACAUCUGUCGACGCCAAGUAUAUUGCUACUGCCGAAGGCGUACUCUCCUGCUUGAUGGAAACUGAUGACGUUGCAGAAUUGCUGAGAAUGCUUUCAUCGUUGGUUAGCAAAUAUCUACAAGUGUAUAAGAAAGCUUUCCUUGCAACUUUCAGUACUUGGAAUCACCAUGGCCACAGUUCGCCAUCUCUGCUACUUCUCAAGCAUACUCUAUUUGGUGAAAGUCUCCAAGCUGAAUACGCGAAGAUUGGUGACAAUUCCCUUCAUCUUCAAUGCAUUUCUUAUCUGUCAAAACUGGAUGCUCUGGGUGAUGGAAGAGGUUCGGGUGUUUUAUGGAAAGUGUUUUGGGAAUUUAUGGUACAUGGGUUUCCCACUAGUCUUCAAACUUCUAGUGCGAUUCUUCUGUCAUGUAUUCUAAGUAUAAGAUGUAUUGUGCUGACAAUAGAUGGUUUGCUCAAGCUGCGAAAGUCAAAGGAAAACUUUGGGGUAGAUUCUCAUGUGCUUCAACAGAUACUUAACUCGAUCAUGACUAUUAAGUUUGAUCAGGUAUUCCAAAGCUUUCAUGAGAAAUGUGAGGACAUCCAUCAAAAUAUAUGUGCCAUGUUUGAGAUUCCCGAUUUCACGGAGUUGUUCCUGAUGAAAGACAUGGAGGGGUUCGUAAGAGAUAUUAAUGCUGAGAAGAUAGAUAAAAGCAAUGUUCUUGAAGGGGUGAUCACCAAGAUUGUAGAUGUUAUGGACAGCCUAAGCAAGGACUCUUCGAAAUCUAAUAUGUUCAAAUUUUAUCUUGGUGUGGAUGCAGUCUCUGAGCAUACCAUGGAAUUCUAUCGGUUGCAACGCGGAGAUCUGUCUGUUUUUAUCGACUCACUGGACUACUGUUCCUCGGAACUGGUAAACGUAAAAGUACUCAACUUCCUUGUUGAUCUCUUGUCUGUGGCUAUAUCCCCUGAUAUCAGGAGAAGAAUACAGCACAAGUUUCUUGACAUGGAUUUAACAACUCUGUCUGGGUGGCUGGAGCGAAGACUGUUGGGUUCCUUCGUUGAGGAAAAUGAUGGUAAAAAGACUGCAAAAGGAAAUUCUCUUCCUCUCAGAGAGGCAGCAAUGAAUUUUGUGAAUUGUCUUGUGUCAUCUGCUAACGAUCUACAGACGACAGAGUUACAGAAUCAUUUAUUCGAGGCCAUCCUGAUCUCCCUUGAUACAGCAUUUAUCUCAUUUGAUAUCCACAUGGCUAUGUCAUAUUUUCAGUUUGUUCUUCAACUUGCAAGGGAAGACAACCUGAUGAAGAUGGUCUUAAAGAGAACAAUAAUGCUAAUGGAGAAGCUUGCUGCCGACGAGAAGUUGCUUCCUGGUUUAAAGUUUCUUUUUGGUGUGAUAGGCAGCUUGUUGAGUAACCGUUCUCCAAGCCCUGGAACGAGUUCAUGUGGAAAGUCCUUGGCGAGCAAUAAGAAUACUGCAACAGGUCCUUUGGUCCCAAAACUUGCAGGAACAGCAAAAAAAUCUGAAACAUUGGCUCUCCCCCUAGAUCAGGAAGGAAGCUCAAUUUCACUUGAAUGUGAUGUCACUUCUGUUGAUGAAGAUGAAGAUGAUGGAACAUCUGAUGGUGAAGUGGCCAGCUUAGACAAAGAAGAUGAAGAAGAUGCCAACAGUGAGAGGUACCUUGCCUCAAAAGUCUGCACUUUCACGUCCAGUGGCAGCAAUUUCAUGGAACAACAUUGGUAUUUUUGUUACACCUGUGACCUUACUGUGUCCAAAGGUUGCUGUUCUGUUUGCGCAAAAGUUUGCCACCGGGGUCACCGUGUUGUCUAUUCACGAUCAAGUCGGUUUUUCUGUGACUGUGGAGCUGGAGGUGUAAGGGGAAGCAGCUGCCAGUGCUUGAAGCCUCGGAAAUUCAGUGGCAUUGGUAGCGCUCCAGCUCGUGGUACAAAUAAUUUGCAAUCCUUUUUACCCUUGUCUGAGGAUGUAGAUCAGCUUGCAGAAAGCGAUUCAGAUGUGGACGAAGGUAGUUUCGAGGAGGAAAAUCACGUUGUGUUAUCUAUCCCUAAGGAAACUCAAUAUAAGAUGUCACUGCUACUAGAAGAGCUCGGCAUAGAGGACAGAGUGCUGGAGCUUUUCUCUUCGUUGCUUCCGUCUAUCACUAGCAAAAGAGACUCUGGUCUUUCGAGAGAUAAGCAGGUCAGUCUCGGGAAAGACAAGAUUCUUUCAUUUGACACAGAUCUUUUGCAGUUGAAAAAAGCAUAUAAAAGUGGAUCACUUGACUUGAAAAUAAAGGCUGACUAUGCUAACUCGAAGGAGCUUAAAUCUCUUUUGGCCAGUGGCUCCCUUGUCAAGUCUCUUCUGAGUGUUAGUAUGCGGGGUCGCCUUGCAGUUGGAGAAGGUGAUAAAGUUGCUAUAUUUGAUGUUGGGCAGCUAAUAGGACAAGCCACACUUGCACCGAUAAAUGCAGACAAGGCUAAUGUUAAACCACUUUCCAGGAAUAUUGUUCGUUUUGAGAUUGUGCAUCUUUCUUUCAACUCAGUUGUGGAGAAUUAUCUUGCUGUCGCAGGCCUCGAAGACUGCCAGAUACUUACUUUGAAUCAUCGAGGUGAAGUCAUCGACAGGCUUGCUGUUGAGCUUGCCUUGCAUGGUGCAUACAUCAGGCGUAUAGACUGGGUUCCUGGUUCCCAGGUUCAGUUAAUGGUCGUUACAAACAAAUUCGUGAAGAUUUAUGAUUUAUCCCAGGAUAUCAUCAGUCCAACACAGUACUUCACCUUGCCAGAUGACAUGAUUGUGGAUGCUACCCUCUUUGUUGCUUAUCGUGGGAGGGUUUUUCUUCUUGUUCUUUCAGAACAGGGGAAUUUGUUCAGGUUUGAACUAUCUCUGGGAGGAAAUGCAGGCGCAACACCACUUAAGGAAAUCGUUCAGAUUUUAGGAAAGGAUGUUGCCGGAAAGGGUUCAUCUGUCUAUUUCUCUCCGACAUAUCGACUGCUUUUUAUAUCUUAUCAUGAUGGAAGUUCCUUUGUGGGUCGGCUCAGCUCAGACGCAACAUCCGUAACUGAAACAUCCGCAAUAUUUGAGGACUCAGAUGGUAAACAGAGUGUGGCUGGACUGCAUCGUUGGAAAGAGUUGUUGGGUGGCAGUGGAUUAUUUAUUUGCUUCUCCUCCGUGAAAUCAAAUGCUGCGUUGGCUGUGUCCCUAAGGGGUGAUGGAGUAUGUGCACAGAAUCUACGUCAUCCGACAGGAUCUUCUUCCCCUAUGGUCGGAAUAACCGCAUACAAACCUCUGUCAAAAGACAAUGUUCACUGUCUUGUUCUGCAUGAUGAUGGCAGCCUUCAGAUUUAUUCCCUUGUUCGGAGUGGAGUUGAUCCUGACUCAAAUUUCUCAGCUGAAAAAGUUAAAAGGUUGGGUUCUAAGAUUCUUAACAACAAAACCUUUGCUGGUGAAAAGCUGGAGUUUCCCCUGGAUUUCUUUGAGAAGGCAUUUUGCAUUACAGCAGAUGUGAGACUCGGUAGUGAUGCUAUUAGAAAUGGUGAUUCCGAGGGAGCGAAGCAAAGCUUGGCAUCUGAGGAUGGUUUUAUUGAGAGCCCCAGUCCCAUGGGCUUUAAGAUAUCAGUCUCCAAUCCAAACCCUGACAUUGUUAUGGUUGGCAUCCGGGUGCAUGUGGGUACUACAUCCGCAAGCUCUAUACCUUCAGAAGUAACCAUUUUUCAGAGAUCGAUUAAGAUGGAUGAGGGCAUGAGGUGCUGGUAUGACAUUCCAUUUACAGUGGCUGAGUCACUUCUAGCUGAUGAAGAUGUUGUAAUCUCUGUGGGGCCGACUACUAGUGGGACUGCAUUGCCCAGAAUAGACUCACUUGAAGUAUAUGGUCGUGCUAAAGAUGAAUUUGGCUGGAAAGAGAAAAUGGAUGCUGUGCUAGAUAUGGAAGCUCGUGUACUUGGUCAUGGUCUACUUCUUCCCGGCUCUAGUAAAAAGAGAGCGUUGACUAGGUCUGCUUCUAUUGAGGAGCAAGUUAUCGCAGAUGGUCUCAAACUCCUAUCAAUCUAUUAUUCAGUUUGUAGGCCACGGCAAGAAGUGGAGCUUAGCGAACUCAAAUGCAAACAGCUACUGGAGACAAUUUUCGAAAGUGAUACGGAAAUUCUGUUACAAACUGCAGCUUGCCGUGUUUUGCAGUCUAUCUUUCCGAAAAAGGAGAUAUACUAUCAGGUCAAAGACACCAUGCGACUUCUAGGAGUGGUCAAGGUCACCUCUAUUCUCUCUUCAAGGUUGGGCAUUUCUGGUACUGGAGGAUCGAUUGUUGAAGAGUUCAGUGCUCAGAUGCGGGCGGUGUCUAAAAUAGCUUUGACCCGUAAAUCCAAUUUCUCUGUCUUUCUGGAGAUGAAAGGUUCUGAAGUAGUGGAUAAUUUGAUGCAAGUGCUAUGGGGAAUUUUGGAUACGGAGCCACUUGAUACACCAACUAUGAACAAUAUCGUGAUGUCCGCCGUUGAACUAAUCUAUAGCUAUGCUGAGUGUUUGGCAUCUCAAGGAAAGGAUACAGGGGUUCAUUCUGUAGCUCCUGCUGUUCAGUUACUGAAAGCACUUAUAUUAUCUCCUAAUGAGUCUGUGCAAACAUCCAGCAGCUUAGCCAUAUCAUCAAGGUUACUUCAGGUUCCUUUCCCAAAGCAAACGAUGUUGACAACAGAUGAAUUGGUAGACAAUGUUACAACUCCUCCGGUUCCUAGCAGAACAACCGGUGGAAAUACACAUGUCAUGAUUGAAGAGGACUCUAUAACUUCAUCUGUUCAGUAUUGCUGUGAUGGCUGCUCCACUGUCCCUAUACUGAGAAGAAGGUGGCAUUGCACCGUGUGUCCAGAUUUUGAUCUAUGUGAGGCAUGCCAUGAAGUGUUAGAUGCAGAUCGCCUACCACCACCACAUACUCGAGAUCAUCCCAUGACAGCAAUUCCAAUAGAUGUGGAAUCACUUGGUGCUGAUACCAAUGAAAUUCAGUUCUCUGCGGAUGAAGGUAUUACUGAUGUGUUGCCAACGAUAACCAGUAGCGUCCCACAAGCGUCAACUCCUUCAAUCCAUGUCUUGGAACCUGGUGAAUCUGCUGAGUUUUCUGCCUCAUUGACCGAUCCUGUUUCUAUCUCAGCUUCCAUGCGAGCCGUUAAUUCGUUAAUUCUCUCUGAGUUACUUCAAGAGUUGAGUGGAUGGAUGGAUACAGCAUCUGGUGUUCAAGCUAUACCUAUCAUGCAAUUGUUCUACAGAUUAUCAUCUGCCAUUGGCGGAGCCUUCAUGGAUAGCUCAAAGCCCGAAGAAAUAAGCUUGGAAAAGUUAGUUAAAUGGCUUUUGUGUGAAAUCAAACUAAGCAAGCCGUUCGAUGCGUCAACGCGCUCUUCCUUUGGGGAAAUUGUGAUUCUUGUGUUUAUGUUUUUCACCUUGAUGCUUCGGAGUUGGCAACAACCUGGCAGCGAUGGUAGUACUGCCAGGUCAGGUGGAAGCAUAGAUGUACAUGAUCGGAGAAGUGUCCAGAGCUCCACCGUAGUUACUUCUCAGUCUUCAUUAGAUGUUCAAGUGAGAGAUGACUUUGCAUCUCAGCUACUUCGAGCUUGCAGUUGCCUCAGGAGCCAAGAGUUUGUUAAUUAUCUAAUGAACAUUCUUCAGCAGCUAGUGCAUGUUUUUAAGUCCCGUACUGCUAAUGUUGAAGCACGUGGAUCAAGCUCUGGUUGUGGGGCCAUGCUUACAGUCAGAAGAGAUUUACCUGCGGGUAACUAUUCCCCCUUCUUUUCGGAUUCAUAUGCAAAAGCCCAUCGAGCAGAUUUAUUUGUGGACUAUCACAGGCUGCUACUUGAGAAUGUGUUUCGCUUAGUUUAUACCUUGGUUAGACCUGAAAAGCAAGAGAAAAUAGGGGAAAAGGAAAGGGUUUACAGGAAUGCUUCUUCUAAAGAUUUAAAGUUGGACGGUUUCCAGGAUGUUCUGUGCAGCUAUAUCAAUAACCCUCAUACAGCUUUUGUUAGGAGAUAUGCUAGAAGGCUGUUUUUGCAUCUUUGUGGAAGCAAAACUCAGUACUACAAUGUCCGAGAUUCAUGGCAGUUUUCCAAUGAAGUGAAAAACCUAUACAAGCAUGUUGAAAAGUCUGGAGGUUUUGAAAACAAUGUUUCAUAUGAAAGGAGUGUAAAGAUUGUGAAGUCGCUUUCUACAAUUGCGGAAGUUGCUUUAGCGCGCCCUCGGAACUGGCAAAAAUACUGCCUCAGGCAUGGAGAUUUUCUGUCUUUCUUACUGAAUGGCGUAUUCCAUUUUGCGGAAGAGUCUGUUAUCCAGACACUUAAACUCCUCAAUUUAGCCUUUUAUCAAGGAAAAGAUGUGAGCGGCUCAGUGCAGAAAGCUGAAGCAAGUGAUGUGUUGACAGGCUCAAACCGAUCCGGACCCCAGUCUGUGGAUUCAAAAAAGAAGAAAAAAGGUGAAGAUGGGCAUGAUUCUGGUUUGGACAAAUCUUACGUGGAUAUGGAAGGGGUGGUAGAUAUCUUCAGUGCCAAGGGCGGAGAUGUCUUGAAGCAGUUUAUUGAUUUCUUGCUGGAAUGGAAUUCGAGCUCUGUUCGCACUGAAGCAAAGUCUGUUAUCUAUGGCUUGUGGCAUCACGGAAGACAAUCGUUCAAAGAAAGUCUGUUAGCAGCUCUUUUGCAGAUUAGAGACUUGCCAGUAUAUGGUCAGAAUAUUGUUGAGUACACAGAACUUGUCUGCUUGUUGCUCGGCAAGGCUCCAGAAAGCAACUCAAAGCAAGCAAUAAACGAGCUUGUUGAUCGUUGCCUGAACCCUGAUGUGAUAAGGUGUAUUUUUGAGACGCUGCAUUCUCAGAACGAACUCAUUGCCAAUCAUCCAAACUCCCGUAUAUACAACACUCUGAGUAAUCUUGUGGAAUUUGACGGCUAUUAUCUUGAGAGCGAACCCUGUGUUGCCUGCAGUUCUCCUGAUGUGCCAUAUAGCAAAAUGAAGCUCGAAAGUUUGAAAUCUGAGACAAAGUUUACCGAUAACCGCAUCAUUGUGAAAUGUACUGGGAGUUAUACGAUACAGUCUGUGACCAUGAAUGUUCAUGAUGCACGGAAGUCAAAGUCGGUGAAGGUCCUAAACUUGUAUUACAACAAUCGCCCAGUCUCGGAUUUGUCAGAGUUAAAACAACACUGGUCACUGUGGAAGCGUGCCAAGAGUUGCCAUCUGUCCUUUAACCAAACUGAACUGAAGGUGGAGUUUCCCAUUCCUAUUACUGCUUGUAACUUCAUGAUCGAGUUGGAUUCUUUCUAUGAGAAUCUUCAG